GUACUGUGAAGAAUGACUUUACCUCAUGCCUCAUUCUUGCUGACCCCAGAUCACAGUUGGGGGUGGAGGAGCCAAUGAAAUAAUAGAUCAUUUGAAUAACAGUAUAUCCUUUCACCUUUUCAUUUCUUUUUCCAUUUUAAACUUGACAUACUUAGAAGCAAAAGCACAUUUUUACUUUCUCAGUUGUAUUUCAAACACAUGUCAUUUUAGCAGUUAAAUUUGUAUUAAUUCAUCAGGUGUUGCAGUAACUUUCUUCUCUGCAUGUGUUGAAAUGGAGGUUGUUUGUCCACAUACAGAAUUUUUUUACAUGCUUUUAUUUGGGUAAAAUUUUCUGAACUGUGUUUCAGAUAUUUCAUUGUUCUGUAGGCUAUUUACUGUCAUGCUGUACAUUUUUUUUUCCUUUGAGACAGAGUUUCACUCUUUUUGCCCAGGCUGGAGUGCAAUGGCGCAAUCUCGGCUCACUGCAACCUCCGCCCCCAGGGUUCAAGCGAUUCUCCUGCCUCAGCCUCCCGAGUAGCUGGGAUUACAGGCGCCCGCCACCAUGCCCGGCUAAUUUUUGUAUUUUUAGCAGAGACGGGGUUUCACCAUGUUGGCCAGGCUGGUCUUGAACUCCUGACUUCAGGUGAUCCACCCGCCUCACCCUCCCAAAGUGCUAGGAUUACUGGCAUGAGCCACCGUGCAGGCCAUGCUGUACAUUUUUUAAAGUAAUGUUUUUAUUAUUUUAAAAUCAAUGUAUUCUCAUUAUAAAAAUAUUUUGGAAAAUACAGUGAAAAAUGAAGAAUAAAAUAAAACAAGCCUUAAUUCCACCAUCAAUAGGUAACUACUGUUAACAUCUCUAUUCCCUCCAGUUCUUCUAAUGUCUAUAUGUUUUUAUAUCGUUUUCAUGCUGAAUUUUGAAGUCUUCAAAGUACAUUUCUGCUUCCAUUUAUAAAUGUUAAAAGUCUGUCCUUGGUAAAUAUUACAAACAUAUUCUUAUUAGAAACUACUGUGUUAUUAGAAACUGCAAGGCAUAUUUGGGUAUAGGGGUAGAAGGUCAUUUUGAACAUACCCGCCAAUUCAGGGUUAGUAUUGGACUCCUCUACUAAAGCCGCAUUUGUGUCCCGUUAUACUGGAUGUAUAUCACACAGGAGAUCACACUCCAGGCUGAAGAUCUUCCAGGACUUCAUCCCCUAAUUCCAUAAUCUUGACGCCUUGGCCUUUGACAAAUAUCUGAGCAUCGAAUGGACUUCUCAGAGGCCUCUCUGGCAGCCUAAGUGGGCCAUGGUGCAUGAUCCCAGGCCAGGUUCCCAACAGGAGGCAGACCUGAUGAAGGGCUGGUGGGCGUGUUCCCGCCCAAGGUCCUUGUUGGCCCGCGCGGUGGCUGGGAGGCCCUCCCCACGCCCAACUGCGGGUAUAAAGAGGCAGGCUGCGGACUCGGAGCAGCUCGGGGCUGCGCAGCGGGAAGGCUCGCCUAGUCGGUCCGCAUCCGUGUCGACCACCUGUCUGGACACCACGAAGAUGCCACCCGUUGGGGGCAAAAAGGCCAAGAAGGGCAUCCUAGAACGUUUAAAUGCUGGAGAGAUUGUGAUUGGAGAUGGAGGGUUUGUCUUUGCACUGGAGAAGAGGGGCUACGUAAAGGCAGGACCCUGGACUCCUGAAGCUGCUGUGGAGCACCCAGAAGCAGUUCGCCAGCUUCAUCGAGAGUUCCUCAGAGCUGGCUCAAACGUCAUGCAGACCUUCACCUUCUAUGCGAGUGAAGACAAGCUGGAGAACAGGGGCAACUAUGUCUUAGAGAAGAUAUCUGGGCAGAAAGUCAAUGAAGCUGCUUGCGACGUCGCCCGACAAGUGGCUGAUGAAGGAGAUGCUUUGGUAGCAGGAGGAGUGAGUCAGACACCUUCAUAUCUUAGCUGCAAGAGUGAAACUGAAGUCAAAAAAGUAUUUCUGCAACAGUUAGAGGUCUUUAUGAAGAAGAACGUGGACUUCUUGAUUGCAGAGUAUUUUGAACACGUUGAAGAAGCUGUGUGGGCAGUUGAAACCUUGAUAGCAUCCGGUAAACCUGUGGCAGCAACCAUGUGCAUUGGCCCAGAAGGAGAUUUGCAUGGCGUGCCCCCCGGCGAGUGUGCAGUGCGCCUGGUGAAAGCAGGAGCAUCCAUCAUUGGUGUGAACUGCCACUUUGACCCCACCAUUAGUUUAAAAACAGUGAAGCUCAUGAAGGAGGGCUUGGAGGCUGCCCGACUGAAAGCUCACCUGAUGAGCCAGCCCUUGGCUUACCACACUCCUGACUGCAACAAGCAGGGAUUCAUCGAUCUCCCAGAAUUCCCGUUUGGACUGGAACCCAGAGUUGCCACCAGAUGGGAUAUUCAAAAAUACGCCAGAGAGGCCUACAACCUGGGGGUCAGGUACAUUGGCGGGUGCUGUGGAUUUGAGCCCUACCACAUCAGGGCAAUUGCAGAGGAGCUGGCCCCAGAAAGGGGCUUUUUGCCACCAGCUUCAGAAAAACAUGGCAGCUGGGGAAGUGGUUUGGACAUGCACACCAAACCCUGGGUUAGAGCAAGGGCCAGGAAGGAAUACUGGGAGAAUCUUCGGAUAGCCUCAGGCCGGCCAUACAACCCUUCAAUGUCAAAGCCAGAUGGCUGGGGAGUGACCAAAGGAACAGCCGAGCUGAUGCAGCAGAAAGAAGCCACAACGGAGCAGCAGCUGAAAGAGCUCUUUGAAAAACAAAAAUUCAAAUCACAGUAGCCUCGAUAGAAGCUAUUUUUGAUGAAUUUCUAGGUGUUUGGGUCACAGUUCCUACAAAUACGGAAAAGGGGGUUAAAAAGCAGUGCUUUCAUGAAUGCCAUCCUACACAUAUUAUUGCUAUUACCUGAACAAAAUAGAAUUACAAAUAGCACUUGAUAAUUUUAAAGUAUGUUUUAGAAAUUUUCUUAGAAGCAAAAUAAGUACAAAGUAAAUCUUGAACAGGUUCACUAAGCACCCACCCUGUGAAAAGUAUUAUGGAAAUCACUGCAGCACAGGAAAAGUAAUUCAGAUGUUAAUGCCACUUGAAGAAGUUGGUAGGCUAGCAAAGAGGAUGAGACAUGAACUGUCAUAAAGGACUCAGCAACCAGCCAGGGACAGAUAAAGCGCUAUGGAAAGGGGCUUCCAAGUUCUUUUGAACAUGACCCUUAGUAACAAACACAAUUUAUAUAAUGACUCAGCAAAACACAUCACAUCUUACUGUCGAAAUUAAAUGUGUGAUCCAUCCUAGUAUUUUCUGUUCCAUUCCUUUUCAUUCUAUUUCAUUUAUAAAACAUGCUAGUUGAGACUUUUCAAAUGGAUUUUUAUGACCCACUACUGGGUUUGGAUCCACAGUUUGAAAAAUAUUGCUAUAGGACACUUAAGGAGAACAUCCUGUUUAAGUUUAUUCUUAUAAGUAGGUCAGUCAUAUGAGACCUGAUCAAUACAUACCCAAUACCCAGAGUCCUGCUCUCAGAGUUCUUCUGUUUCGUGACCCACUUUUCUACCAGUAAAAGACAUAGACCAAUGGGGAGGAGGGAGGAGAGAUGGAUAUUUCAGCCCUCUCCAUCCUAGUCAACACUGGAUCCACCUAGUGCCUCUGGGCCAUAAGGCUGAGCAGAGUGAGCUUGUAUUAGUUGGUAGCUUUUAAAAAAUAUAAUAAGAAAAAAGUAGAGAUUCUCCAAACUCUAGCCUGGUUUCCUAGAUUGAGAACUAUGAUAUUUUUCUCUGAUAAUUUAAUAUCUACUCUCCUACAAAAGCUCAAGCCUGAAGAUACAAGACUAUUAGAAGAAACAUGACUACCCUCAGUGUAUUAGAAAAGAGGUCAUGCUGCUUUCUAAACAUUAUUGAAUUGUUUGAGCUGUUUUGAAAUUGUAAUUCUUUUCAGCUAUUAAAAGAAGAGCAAUGAGACUA